GUGAUGUGUUUAGAGGGCAUGACAAUGUAACUCAGUUCCUCUAUUCUAAACGAUAAAGAUGUGUUCAUAUUGUCACUAUAGGGCAUAGGGAAUACCACAGCUAGGUUACACUGUCAGAAAAUUAUAUUUUAAGGCUAUUUAAGACAAUAUUCUUUGAAAUAUAAAUUUCUUUGUUUAAUACGCGCUGGAAUUAAUCUAAACCGGAUUGUGCAAUGGGAAAACGGCAACUGGUGUUCUAUAUGGGAUUUUUGUACCUAACUCUAGCCCGGCAGAGCAACCAGAUUCGAAUGGAUUCCCGUACAGACAGACGCAUUCAUAAUUUAGAGACCGAACUUAGCAAACUUCGUUUGAUACACAACAGUGGAAAAGAACGACUUAGAUCACUAGAAAGGGAGAUUACACAUUAUCAAACAGGCUUGGAUUUGUUGUGUAACACACUACACCAGCACCGAUCAUUGUACACACCUUUACCUGGGAUAGAGCAACCUAUCACGGCUAUCAAACCAACUGUAUCUGGGAUUACCGCACAUUCUGUGACAACUAUAUUCUCCCCACUUGGUGACCAUGCUGUGGUUCAGUUGUCAGUACGGUAUAGCACUUCGGAGACGCAUGAAGUUAUAUGGGCGUACAACGUUUUAGGACACAUGGUGCCCAUUGAAGAGGGUGAUCCGCAUUCCUCGGUGAGAAAUGAAAUAGAUGGCGAACAGCUUACAACUCAUUUGUAUAUAGAUGCAAAGGAUUUAAUGGAAUUGGAGCUUCUGUAUGUGAAGAUACUUUCUGAAUUUAGCGAGGUCACUAUUCUCUUUAAUAAGGACGCUCUAAUGAAGGAAGGUCGUAUGAAGUUAUCUCCAGUUAGACUCUGGAAUGAAGAGCCUUCACCAGAAGUACUUGUUUUGGAUCCUACACAGAACGCCACUAUAUCAAUAAAUAUAGACACUAAUAUUGACAAACUAACAACAUUUGUUAACUUUAUUGGUAUUGACACUUCCACACAACCAAACAGUCUUUUAGAUCUACAGCUUUCUGACAAAAGGUUAACAACGCAAAUAUUGAACACAACACGUGGUUUCAGAUGGUCAGUUACACUUGACUCUUUUUCUUGUAAACUAAAAAGGGGGGGAGAUUUAUACGUUACGUAUAAAUAA